AUGGUGCGCUACUCCCAUCCUCCUCCAUCUCCUCCAGCGGUUUCCUAUGGAGGUAUUGACAACGACUCGCAGGCUCGCGGACCCAAAAAACAUCUCAAGCGCCUUGCUGCGCCGUCUUCGUGGAUGCUGGACAAGCUGAGCGGGACCUAUGCUCCCCGCCCAUCUCCCGGCCCACACAAGUUGCGCGAGUCCCUCCCACUCACGGUCCUCCUCCGUAACCGCCUCAAAUAUGCCCUCACUGGCAAGGAGGUGUUGUCGAUUGUGAAGGAGCGGCUCAUAAAAGUCGACAACAAAGUCCGCAGCGACCCGACAUACCCUGCCGGUUUCAUGGAUGUUGUUUCUCUCGAGAAAUCGGGCGAACACUUCCGUCUGUUGUACGAUGUCAAGGGUCGCUUCACUGUUCAUCGCAUCACUGCUGAGGAGGCGAGCUACAAGCUGCUCAAGGUCCGCAAAGUUGCUGUUGGAGCUGGUGGUGUCCCCCACAUUGUCACCCAUGAUGGACGCACUAUCCGUUACCCUGACCCGCUCAUCCACGUCAAUGACACGGUCAAGUAUGACCUCGAGCAGGCCAAGCUCGUCGACUACGUCAAAUUCGAUACUGGCAACCUUUGCAUCAUCACCGGCGGCCGUAACAUGGGCCGUGCUGGUGUGAUCGUACACCGAGAGAAGCACAUGGGGGGCUUCGACAUUGUUCACGUCAAGGACUCACUUGACCGUACCUUUGCGACCCGUAUCACCAACAUUUUCGUCAUCGGUGAGGGAUCGAAGCCCUGGAUAUCACUGCCGAAGGGCAAGGGCACCAAGUUGACGAUUUCUGAGGAGAGAGAUCUGCGGAGGAAGCGUGCUGCUGAGCAGUAG